AUGACCACGUCCGACGAGUUUCCGUGUACUCUGACAAUCGACAUUCCCUUCCCUACCCACCGCCUGGCCAGCGCCGCCAUUCGCACUCUCUCAGUCGACCAGGAACUCUCGCCUUUGGUCCGCCGUGACUUUUCGCUUCAUCCCCCGUCAGAUGACCCACCGAAUGCUGAUGCUACCGUACUGCGCACAAUCUACCGUGCAACCACCAACCGCAUGCUUCGUGUCUCCGUAAAUGGCUUCUUCGAGAGUCUCAACGUUGUGCUCCAGGUCAUGCAGGAACUGGAUGUUGAUGUGCUACAAGAUCAAGGACUCGAAGGUCUUGAAGGCGCUCAGGGUGUUGAGCAAGGAAUGAUUGGCACUACCAAGACUGGUGCUUGAACGAACCGCAUCUGUUCAAAGAAGUUCAGACACCAGUAGACAGGCCAUCCGACGACUGCAUCGCUGCAUCUAGCCAACUAGGCUACGGCCAGUAUUCGACAGUCCAGGACGAUAGCACUUCGCAUAUACAAGAGCCUCGGUUACCAUGGAGAGUCGGGUUCAUUCACUGCUUCUCAAGCACAAACCGUUGCAAAUUGAGAUCGCUGCUUGCAAAGGCUGUAUUCAUAGAGUACCCGAGUAAAUCAUCACACCGAAGACCAAAAUAGCCACACAAGCACUUUAUGACCAACCCAAGAACUCGCAUGUGUUGCUGCACGUUUCUUGUAUUGCCUGUGUAUGUUGUGUUUCUAAUGAUUGUUAUGGUGAUCGUAUGGGAGCCUC